UCGGCAGUCUCGGUCACGCCCCGUGGGGCCUGGGUUAAACCACGGUAAGAGCUCCACUGUUUGUUCAGACCUCACUUCACUCUCCAAAGCCACAGGUUUUACCCCGGACCAGAUCCUGUCUUUAGUCCUCGCUAAGCAGAACUGCCAACUCACCGCCUUCACUCGCCAUUUUGCACUGUAAAAACAGACCGGCCGCAGAGCGGCUUAGAUUUUGGUGGUUCCAUGGUUGGGCUUCCUUCCAGCCUUUAAAACCAACAACAUUUGCGGGACAGUAUACACAGUAACGAUUGCUCCUUCGCUGACCCGAAGUUGGCUAUAUAUAGUUUUUGAAAAUCGGUGGCUGCGGAUACUCCGGUUUCAAAACCUGCUCCCGAAUUCAGGAUGCUGUCUACAUACGGUUGGGAGAAGAAGAAUGACAUCCCCUCAAUCUCAAGAGCCUACCAGUCGCCAGGUACCGCGGUGACCCGGCUGAUCGGGCGGCGGAUGAUCCAUGUCGUUGCCGCCGUGCUGUUCCUGGGGAUCUUCGUCACGGCUCUGAACGUGUACGAGCUGCGCGGCAUGCAGGACGGCAGCAGGGGCCUGCAGCACAGGGAGUCAUCGGUACAGGAGGGAGAACGGGAAAAGGGGAUUAAAAAUGAACCAAUCGAAGUCGUCCGGGAAAGAAGGGAACUGUACAAGCAGGACGAAGGCCAAGUGGAUGAGCCAAAUGUCCACAGAACACCCACAGACAGCCGUGUUCCCAUCAAUGAGAUCGAAAUGCUUGACAAAGGAGCCACUGCCGAUUCCUCACAACAAACAAAGGAGGACGAGUCACAGCAUUCCGAGAGAGAUAAUGACCCUAUUGUGAAACAGCAAGAUGCAUCUCAACAGGUUGACGUAAAGAAGGACGAAAAUCCACGCGGUCCCCGUCUGUCAUCAGUGAAGGAAGUGCCCGGGACAAACGGCAAACAACCGCGCAAAUCGAAUCCAAAUCUGACUAGGAAACGAGCUCAUCUGCCAAUCAGCAAGCGCGAUCAAAGGCCGCCGGAGAAACGCGUCAAACAUCAUGAGAGUUAUGUUAAAGAACGUCUGAUUGGUCAAAGUCCGACCGUGCAAUCCGAUCUCCGCCAUCCGCCAUCGGAACAUGUCGGCAUCCUCAACCAACCAGCGCAGCCAAUACAGAUGGACGUCAGCCCGGUUUCGGUGGGAAAUGUCGGCCAAGAGGUGUCGAGGAUGCAAAGGUUCCUCCCUCAGUUUGCCCGCAGGACUCUGCAGAUGCACGAGGUGCAGAGGCAACAGGUGCAGAUGCAGCAGAUGCCACCGGUGCAGCUGCAGCAGGUGCAGAUGCAGCAGAUGCAACAGGUGCAGAUGAUGGGACAAGAGGUACAGAUGCCCCAGGCCCAAGGGCCGCUACAAGUCUUCGCCAAUUCCAACCGUUCGCCUGUUGUAUGGGUGCACGGACAGCGUGUCGAAUCUGGAUAUUUGGACCACGUCUUCGCCGUGUUCAAGAGGACCGGGUACAAGCGAGGCGGUUCUGAGUCGGACUGGGAUGUCAUUUGGAGUCACGAGUACCCCUUUACAGACCCCGUACUGAUACCUCAUCUUCGUAACAUGAAACCUCACCAGAAGAUCAACCAUUGGCCCGGCGGCGGUUACGUCACCAACAAGAUGAGCCUUGCGACGUCAGACAUCCACUUUGUACCUCAGGCCUUCCGUCUGCCAGAGGAGAAAGAUGAACUCUUGCGACAUGCUGAAUCAAACCCCAGGAAGAUGUGGGUACAAAAGAACAAUAACCACCGAGGCAUCAAGAUCAAACCCUUGAAUCAGCUGACUCUGACUGGACAGAGUUUCGUACAGGAGUAUGUUGAGAACCCGUUUCUCAUCGAUGGCAGGAAAUUUGACAUUGGCAUCUAUACAGUUGUGACCUCCAUCAACCCAUUGAGGAUGUACAUGUAUGAAGAAGAGGCCCUCUUCAGGUACUGUUCAAAGCCAUACCAUCCUUUCGACCAAUAUGAUGUUGACAAGUACGUUGUCGACGAAGACUACACUCCAACAUGGGAGAUGCCUUCCUUGAAGGAUACCUACAACAGGCUCCAAUACAGUCACAAGGACACAUGGAACCACUAUGUCAGGUCUAUAGGAAAAGACCCGUCAGGUGUGUGGAGAGACAUCAGGACGUCCUUGAGAGAAGUGUACCUGGCCAGGGAACCCCUUUUCGUGGAGCAACUGCAGCAGUACAAGUCUUCCAGAAACUUCUUUGAGCUGGUUCGUUUUGACUUUGUUGUCGAUGAGGACCUGAACAUAUUUCUCAUGGAGGUGAACAUGUCUCCAAACAUGGCGUCCGGUCACACACCACCUAACAAGUACAUGUAUGAACAGGUGUUGUUUAAUCUGCUCAACUUGGUCGGAGUGGCCAGGUCAAUUCCAACGACCUUGGAGGGAAGUCCUGACGAUCAGAAGUCCAUGAUGGUGAAUGACCGUGACAUUCAAGUCUACCCUGACAUCUGUACCUCCAACACAUGCAGGAGCACGGCAAGCUGUGCAAACAUGUAUUGCAAGUUGUGUGAACAUUGUCUGACACCUGACUGGAGGGAACACCUGAAGGCUGCAUUCUUGGAACAUGUCGGUAGGAGGAACUUCAGGAGAGUCUGUCCAGUACCGAUGACUCAGUCAGAGGCGAACAACUUGAAACCUCCGAGCGACUCAACUCUGAGUGAGGCCAACUGGCUGAUGGACCUCUGGUUUCGGGGCAAGUGCCACAAGGACCCUGCAUGGUGUACAUGAAGCUUUCAAAUGUUGUGGGGAAAUGUAUAUCUUUAAACAUAUACCAUUUCUCAAACUCCUCUAUAACGAAGAGAACGGUCACUUCCUUAUAGGUUAUAUUCUUGAGCAGUUACAAAGCUGACUUUUUACUGUUCGACUCUGUUUUAAAACUUGUUUCCAGCCGUCUACGCUGCAAUUAAACUAACGCAACCUUUGCUCUGUCGGCACGGCUCAAAAGAGGCACCAAAGCGGUUGGCUGAAGCACUGCAACACGAGCUUUUAGCAUAAUUUAUUUACAAUUACAGUUUCCCCAGUGUGACACCAACAAUAGCACAGCCUAAUAAUUGCACAAACUCCACUGUUAUGGGCAAAGAAGGGAGCUAUCUAUUGCAGGAUUCUUUACUUUUUAGAUCGACAAUCGGAUAUACUUUGCUCGCUAUGUGCUAUUAAUCAGGGCAUAUAAGUGACCUUUACAAGCGUCCCGAAUAAGGGUCAACGUGUAAAGCCUGGUUAUCCACAUACAGCACAGUAUAACAGAUUGACGAUGUAAAGCACUUAUAAUGGACUUUUCAUAACUCUCUUCGUUGUAAAAGAGGAUUUGCUGGGAGGUCCGGAUGUAGUACUACAGUCAGUCGUAGAGCGUCUCUUUUGAACCGUGCCGCACUGCGAAUGCAACUCCAACAGGUUCAUUUCUUGAAGCUUUACUAAUGAGGUAUUUUUUCUUCAUUUUGAUGUAGUGUGGUGAUGGCUGGUGCUAGUCAAUCUAAUACACACCUUGCAAUAUUUCAAUCAGUACAGUAUUGACCGUUUUACAAUAAGAACAAAUGCAGAAUGUGUUUAAAGAGUUAAACGUACAGAUUUGGAUCAAAUAGGGGUAAGUUCAUUAACUUAUUCGGAUAGCCUUGUUGCUACUCGUACGUAAUCUCAUUUCUGUGACGCCUGUGUAUAUGCUGCAAAAUUCUAAGAAUUAAAUUCGUUACAUAUGAAAUAUAAAUACAGCCAUUACGUUACCUCAGGUACAAAUGAAAAACAUGAAAGGUGUUAUGAGAGCUCAAAACAUGAGAGAUGUACAUCUUUCUUGUCCAUCUUUAUUCCUACUGCUUGUUGUUUACAGUUUUAACAUAACAUAAAUGUUAGUAAUGAAAUAUAUUUGAAUAACAUUUAAUGUUUUACUACGGGUAUAGGUGGUGGUUUUCAUUUACUUCCAAAUAAAGACUUACA